AUGAGCGCACAUAUGUCAAAAAGUGAUUCUGAAUCUUUGCCUGAGCCAGUUGGCCAGUCAGACCCUCGGCCUCCCUAUCAUAUCCUGUCUUACAAGCAAAAAUGGAACCUUGUCAUUUUCGUCUCCUUGGCAGCUUCUUUCUCGCCGCUAUCUUCGAACAUCUACUUUCCUGCAAUUGACGCCAUAUCCAGGGACCUCGGUGUAAAUGCGUCCCUUAUCGCUCUUACGAUCACGGUGUAUAUGGUUGUUCAGGGUAUUGCUCCGUCACUCUUAGGAGCAUUCUCGGAGACCUAUGGCCGUCGCCUCACUUUCGCAAUCACUCUUACCAUAUACACUGCGGCCAAUCUUGCCUUGGCAUUCACCUCCAACUAUGCGAUGCUGAUGGUACUGCGCGGCUUUCAAGCCGCAGGAUCUGCAGCGACUAUUAGUAUCAGCGCCGGUGUCAUCGCUGAUAUUGCUUACCCACAAGAACGCGGUCGUUUCAUAGGGACAAAUGCUGGCAUUCGUAUGACGGGGCAAGCAAUCGGUCCAAUCAUUGGGGGUUUAUUGAACAGCCAAUGGGGCUUUCGGAGCAUUUUUUGGCUACUUUUCGUCACGAGCAUUGUUGUCCUGGGCGCGCUCCUAAUCUUCCUUCCGGAAACACAGCGCAGUAUAGCAGGCAAUGGCACCAACGUUGUCUCUGGUUUCCAAAAGCCGUUUAUCUAUUAUAUCAGACCACCGUCAGCCUGGUCCAAAAGCGCUGAAACAACCGCCCCGGUGCCUCGAUCACUAAUUACGUUUAAGAAAGCGUUCAGUCCACUGGCUUAUAUCCUUGAGAAAGACAUCGCAGCACUCUUAGCUUGGGGCGCUGUAGCUUAUACUGCAUGGAGCAUGGUGACAUCUUCUACCACAACAAUGCUGCUGCUCGGCUUCCCUCUUUUGACAGAGUGGCAAUUGGGGCUAUGUUUCCUCCCAAACGGACUAGGAUGCAUUAUCAGCUCGCUCAGCACAGGCUGGAUACUGGACCAGGGCUUCAAUCGUGCUCAAGAGCGAUAUAAGGUUGAACACGGCAUCCCGGCAGACGAAAAUGUUGAUCAUAGCCGCGACUUCCCAUACGUGCAGGCCCGUCUUCGCCUCAUGCCUAUCUUCAGCAUCUUACUCGUGAUCUCCCUGGCACUAUACGGGCCAAGCUUUGAGUUCAAUGAUUUGCGGAAGCAUUUUGGACCAAACUUGGCUGCGCCACUCAUUCUCCAAUUCCUGAUUGCUUUUUCAGCGACUGCUAUCUUCAACAUUAAUUCGACUGUGCUGAUUGAUUGCUUCCCGGAGCGACCUGCCAGCGCGACAGCACUCAAUAAUUUGUGUCGAUGCUUACUUGGAGCUGCGGGUGUUAGUGUUAUCCAGCCAUUAAUUGGUGCCUUGAAGGCAAUGAAAGCCUUCUUCGUUGUGAGCGGGGUGGUAUUACUGUUUGCUCCAUUGAUUUGGGUCGAGUGGAAAUGGGGCGAGAAGUGGAGACAAGAGAGAGAAAAUAGACGUGCUCAGUGA